AUGAAGGUGGUCAGACAGCUGGAGAACUUCUGCUAUGACAGUAUAAAAGGCAACCCAGAUCCCAGCUAUCCUAUCCUCUUCUCUUGUCUCCUUCUUGUUGGGAACGAGGUGCACCUCCAGUCCCAAGUCAUGUCCUGCUACACCCAGUGUGUGCCAUGCCGGCCCUGCGGCCCGACCCCUCUGGCCAGCAGCUGCAAUGAGCCCUGUGUCAGGCAGUGCCAGGACUCCACCAUUGCCAUUGAGCCCUCUCCCGUGGUGGUGACCCUGCCCGGACCCAUCCUCAGCUCCUUCCCGCAGAACACCGUUGUGGGCUCCUCCACCUCUGCUGCUGUUGGCCGCAUCCUCAGCUCUGAGGGCGUGCCCAUCACCUCGGGGGGCUUUGACUUGUCCGGCUUGGGCAGCCGUUCCUGUGGCAGAAGGUGCCCGCCCUGCUGA